GCGGCGCUGACGUCAGCGGGCGGAGUAUUAUGGUCUGGGCUGCGCUGGCGGCUGCCUGUGUGCUGCGAGCGGCCGCGUAAACAUGGAGCUCUCGGCCGUCGGGGAGCGCGUCUUCGCGGCCGAGGCCCUGCUCAAGCGCCGCAUCCGCAAAGGGCGGAUGGAGUAUCUGGUCAAAUGGAAGGGCUGGUCGCAGAAGUACAGCACUUGGGAGCCCGAGGAGAACAUCUUGGACGCCCGUCUGCUCGCAGCCUUCGAGGAGAGCUUUGUUUUUUUUAACACCUCUAGGGAGAGAGAAAUGGAGCUCUAUGGGCCCAAAAAGCGAGGCCCCAAGCCCAAAACCUUCCUGCUGAAGGCCCAGGCGAAAGCAAAAGCCAAAACCUAUGAAUUCCGCAGCGAUUCUUCCAGAGGGAUCCGGGUGCCUUAUCCCGGCAGGUCCCCCCAGGAGCUGGGCUCCACGUCCCGCGCUAGGGAAGGACUGAGAAACAUAGCCUUGGCUCCGCAGGGCAGCUCCGGCACCAGCACCCCAAAGGGAGACGGCAUCCGGGACCGGGUGAUCCGCGUGGAAGAGAAACCCGGGGAGAUCCCCAAAAAGAGAGGCCCAAAGCCCAGGAAGGAGCUUUACAAGGACCUGGCAGAGACUCUGGAUGCUUCCAAGAGGAAACUGGGGGAUCCGGGGGACAAGGUGGGGGACUACCUGAAGGCCAGGAAGAUGGAGGAGGCAGCAGCAGGAGCCAAGUUCAGCUCGGGACACAGCGUCAUCCAGCUGGCCCGGCGGCAGGACCCCGACCUCCCUGGCACCUUGCCCGGCCCCAACCGAGCCGAGGUGGGCACCAAGCUGGGCACCGCCGAGAGCUACCCCCCGCGGCUGGCCAAGCACCGCGCGGACUUUCUGGACCCCAAGGGGCAGGGAGGGCUGGACCCCGGCGGGCCCAAGCUCCUGCACAGCGCGGUGAGUCCGGGUGCCGUGGGCAGCCUGUACCGUGAUGGCAUGGGGGGCCAGGCGGGGCGGCCCUCCCUCAUCGCCAGGAUCCCCGUCUCCAGGAUCCUGGGGGACCCUGAGGAGGAGUCCUGGAGCCCCUCGCUCAACAAUCUGGAGAAGGUGGUGGUAACUGAUGUGACCUCUAACUUUUUGACCGUCACCAUCAAGGAGAGCAGCACGGACCAAGGAUUCUUUAAGGAGAAGCGAUGAAUUUGUUGGAGGUGGUGCUGGGGUUUUCUUUGGUCAGAUCCAGACAAAAGCUUGGGUAGAGCUUGGUGGGCCUUUUUUUUUUUUUUUUUCUUUUUAAUUUUCUUUUUUUUUUUUUUUUUUUUUUUUGUCUUGGAGAGGAUUUAGAAACUGUCCUAAAUUCAUUAACUCCUUCUUUAUUCUUUUGGGUUUUUUUACGUCUUACAUUUCGUUGGAAAGAUUAUCUCUAGAGUUAUAUUUUCUAUUAGAUGUAAAUAUGUUAUUUAAGAAAAAAUGCUUAUAUAUAUAUAUCUAUAUAUAUUUCAACUCUGAGUUGUUUUAUUUAAAUGGAGACAACGGUGACUGCUCAGUUGCUCUUAGAAAGGACAAUAAAACUGAGAACUAACGGAGUUCACGCCUCUCUCGCAGGAGCCCGUGUACAUAACCAUGUUCAUAGCGAAUUAUGUCCUGGGUUGGUUUUUUUUAAGCUCUUCUUUUUUCAUGUGAUGCUAUGGAUGGUGCAGGGGGACGUGUUGCUCCCUCCGAGGGCGGAGUGCCCUGGUUUCUUGAUUGUGAUAUAAGGUGUUGCUUGUACAAUCAAGUGUGUGCUGUGUCCAGAACUGUUGCCGUGACAGCUGAAGUAAGCACUUGAAUUUCCAGUAUUGUUGGGGAGGGGGCGUUUCCAGGCUGAUGGAGAGAGAAAAAAAUAAAGGGAUGUUGCUAAAAGUCUGGGUGGGGAAAAGCAGAAAUCCAUAAAAAGGCUCAAACUGUUCUAGCAGAGUAUUAACUUGAAUCACCUUUUCUUGCCAAGGCAGAGGAGGUUCCUGUGUGUGAGGUUCCGGAGCGGGGUGGUACUGAAAUGCACUUUAAUAGAGUUGUCGUAGCAGUUGUGGGAGAUGGGACUGAGCUGAGAAUCUGUUUUCAUUUUGUCUGGUCGCUUGAUUCUGUUCCCCCACCCAAUUCAAAAAAGAAACCCCAGACCCCCUCUGUUUACAUUCCUGGCAUGCCGGAGGGGCUGGGGAGGGUAGCAUGUCGCUGCCCGUAUUUAAAUGCUUUAUCCCAUUAUAGGAAGUGGAUGAUUUUAAUGUUUCUUGGUUUUUAUUCCCAAACACAGUUCACUGCAGACUGCUGGAAGGCUCCAGUUCAAGUGUGUUAUAAUACCCACAUCUCUGACAAAUCCCAGAGCCACCUUUAUGCAUUCAGAGACAAUAAAUAUUUCCCUUUUCUUAUGCUGGUUAAACAAUAGCCGAGAGGCGAAAUAUUCCCGUGCGUGCGCAGCUGACUCCGGGCCUGGCUCUGGUUCCUUUGCCUCUGUUUUCUCCAGGCUUCCCAGACCAGGCUGGUUUUCUCCCCAGACUGCGGCAGGGUUUGUGGCGCUGGGUGCCUGCCUGGCCAGGUUGAGUGGUGGCCAUGUGGGGAUCAGGGGGCUGCAUCCCCUGCUCCGCUCCCUCCUGCUCACCUGGCUCGAUUGCAGUCUGGCCUGGAUGGGGAGCAGGACCCUGGCCCGUGCUGUGAUUUUGGUUGAGGUGCAGCGGGUGUCCCUGUCCUUGCUCCGAGCAUCGCUCAGGGUUGGAAAGCACAAGUUGAUGUUGGGUCAGGUCACCCUUGUCCCUCCUCAUCACUGCCCCAGCUGAGCUCCGGAAGGUUCUUGGUGCAGAGCUCUAUGGGGUGACAGCACAGGGAGCCUGAUGGGCCAGGAAAGGGCUGGGAAGAGGAGCAGUCCUUUGCUUUUGGGUCCAUCUUGCUUGGUUGCCUUCUUGUGAGAUCUCUGUUGGAUGGUCUAGUGGGAGAAUGCUGAAUUGGCUGUGCAGAGGGAGGAUGUCUCUGAGUUCUAUGUUGUUUUUUUUUUUUUAGGUUUUGUUUUGUUCCCUUUUUUAAGGCAUAUUUUGUAAAAACUGAGAUUUUAAACUGAUUGUACUAAGAACCAAUGUGCUCGUUUUGGUGCUGGUGCUGGGGCAGCUCACAAGGGACACGUGUCUUGUUGGAGGGAUGGUGAUGGGACUGAGCUGCCCCUCCUCCCACUGCCAUGUCUGAGGCUGGAGGAUUCCUCCCCUUGCAGAAGAGCCCAGAGCUGCCCUUCUGCCCGGCCAAGACAUGGCUCCAUCUUGCCUGUGCGUGUGCGUCGCGACACACGUGUAUAUGGGGCAAAACGUACAUGUGGGUGUAUAUGUGUGUAUGUAUAUAGCAACGUAUAUACUGAGUGUGUGUGCGUGGGGACGUGUGUGCGUGAACUAUUUAAAUCUAAGACUUGUAUAAAAACCCGAUUUGGCUAAAUCUCAGUCUCUGAAGUGAAGCUUAACUACGUGUCUUCUGCCAGCUGUGAAUGUCCGUAUGAGACCUGCUUUUUAUGUGAGUUUAAAUAUAUACUUUGUAAAUAGAAA